UCUGCUUUAGCCGUUUUCAAAUAUAAUUCUUGACAUGUUGAAUUGCUCAGAUCGUUUAACGUCAAACGUCAGAAACUUGUCGAAUGAGCGAUAAAAUAUCAGCGCGGGCGAAUUCAAGAAUCUCAGUAACCGUUGACAUUAUACGUGUACGUUUGUUUAUCGUGUUCCGUUCAUGUUUUCCCUGUAAAAAAUCGUCCUCAAUGAUGAUGCUGAAAUAAACCAUGGAUAAAGCAGGGAUAAAAAUGCUUAUAAAUGAUAUCGUAAAUAAAGAAAAUCUAUUCAAUGUAAUUGUUAACGAAUUACGCAGUCAUGGAAUCAAAUAUCGAAAAGAUAAACGAGUCAAAACUGGACAGGACAAAGCGAGUUAUAAACGAAUUUUCAACGCACCAUUGCAUUCAUUGGAACUGACUGAUGUUAUUCUGGCUAACGGUGGUAUUGUACAGGUUCCUCUAUUUGUAUCGGAUGCUUGCCAACGGAUUCUGGAACAAGUUAACACUGAAGGUUUAUUUAGGAAAGCUGGCUCAUCGAAAAGACAACAGGAAAUUAAAGCUAGUCUUGAGAAUGGAAUACAGUUAGGGAGAACUCAUCAUGUUGUUGAUAUUGCCAACAUACUGAAGACAUUCUUUCGUGAUCUCCCCGAUCCGCUUCUACCGACCGGGAACAUUCAAGAAGUUUUGAUACGUUGUUUACUAUCUGGCGAGCAUAAGGUGUAUGAUCUCAUGAUUGCAUGCUUGCUACUUCCUCCGAUAACGUUGAAUACGCUGGCAUUUUUUAUGCAGUUCCUACAUACUGUAUCACUUCAUUCAAAUGUUAACAAGAUGACUGUGGAGAACUUAGCAAUCAUUCUGACGCCUAACUUGAUGCCAAUUGCCGAAAUGAUACAGCAACGUUUAACAAGCCAUGUAAAAGUCGUACAACUUCUGAUUGAAAAUUCGCAUCAAAUAGGUGUAAUACCUGAUACGAUUGCCGAAAAGUUGAACGAAACAAUCGCGUUUGAUCGCCAAACAGGGGAAGCACAUCGUAGCAUGAUUUGUGGCAGUACCAAUGAAAAAAAGAAAAAGAAGCGAAGAAGCGGCUCACUAACGAGAAUGUUCCAUGGCUUGAAAAAAAUUGUUGGAGCCCUUGGUUCCUCCGAAAGCUUGGACAAAACAGAUGAACUGCCCGAUCGGGAUACAACGGUGGUGGCUGCGAUAGCAACUCCAUGUCUUAAUAAGUCUGUCAAGAAGCGCAAGGUUACUGACGGCAUGCCGUUCAGUGCGAAGAAAAAGAAGGAGGUGAUCGAUUCCCUUCCAGGCAAUCGGGAAAUAUUGCCGUAUACUCCCAACACAAUAAUCAAGGAGGUAAAGAAAUCUCGACUGAGUAUUGGCGGCAAUAGGAACAAAACUGCCAAGAGUGGAAGCCGGCUAGUUCCUAGUACUUCAACUGUUUCGAUUACCGACGGUAAACCAAUGGAACGUCGGUGGAGUGUAGUUGGUGCGCCUUGGGCACGCAAAAAACAACAACAACGCAACGGUAAUGAUAACCCUUCCGCGAAUUCGGGAAAUGUAUUCUCUGAUCGAAUCAGUUUCGGAAUCAAACCCGAAGAAGAUGAAACCGAAGAAUCUAUGGUGUUUGUAGGCGUAUCUCCCGUGUUAUCAGAACCUAACACUGAACAAGUUGUAAAAAAUACUGACCUACAUGGGGCUGAAAUGACAAAAAUUACUACAUUGAAGGGAAAAGUUUUAUUCGAUGAUGAUGUUGAUGAUGAUGAUGAUGGUGGUAAGAAGGAACAUGAGAAAACUAGACAAGAAUACAUGCGAAUCACUAAGAGUGAAUAUGAAGCUAUAAAAGAACGUGUCAGUGCAAUCGAAACGCGUAUAUCCCAGGAAUUUGGGCACAUUAUUGGAAGUAUCGAAAGCGAUACCGGAGAUAGUAUGGAUAAUGUCGUGAGCGUCGAGAAUAAAUAUCAACAAACCCUUGUACAUACUGAACCUAUUGAAGCGAGCUGCUCCAGUACGGAUCAACUGGCGAAAAGAUUAAGUCGAGAGCUCAAGAUUCGUCGUAGUGCAGAACAUAAACCGAUGCGAUCUCCUAGCGCGCGUAAGAUUGGUUCUAUCCGACGACGUUCCAAGGAAAAUGUCCGUCUUUCUCGAAACCAAUCGUGGCACAUGACUACUGCUACCAUGAACAGCAAACAAAUUCCGCCAGUAAUAUCUGAUUUAAUGUUUUAUCCUAAAACGAAUCUCAAAAGAGGCCGACCAAAUACUGUUCAAAGUGGACUGAAGCAACCAGACGUGAGCCCUAUACGACGCACAGAGGACAACGAUACUAGUAAAUGUACUAUAGUACAAAAUUUCACGGACGAAGAAAAAGAGAAAGAUAAAUGGACGUGUGCGGAGAAUUUUUUCAAAAUUUCAGGCUCCCAGCAGGAAUUAGAUAUCUCUUCGUGCACGAGUCGAGAAAGGAAACAAAGGAACUCGUUGCGAUCGAGCAAUGGAGGUGUCGACAAAACACCACAAACUGUACAAAAAAUCAAAAUAGUAGAGGCAUCAACGCCCAUGUUACCUCCCGAAGUACCUCCCCGUAAGACUCCAGCCAGAACUCCCAUGCUAUCAUCACUCAAAACACCUGGCCGGUUGAAUUCUACUUUGCUCAAGACUCACUUGACUCCAUUGCAAGAUUCUCAGUCAGGGCGAGCCUCGAUUGCUCGCUUGCGAAGUCAAAACGCUGGAAUGGUAAUGGCGAAGGCAAAACUGUUCGAUGGAAUGGUCUCCAACGUGAAUCAAACGCUAUCGCAAAAUUUGCAAGCAAACCGUCGACAAAGUGCUAAAUUCGCGACGAAGAAAGAAGUGGAUAGUGGCGAAGCAUUGCCUUCUUUGAUGAACGAACCGGACAAAAUACAAAAUCGACAAGUUCAAAAGGUCAAAGCCGCAAACGCUAGCAAUAAUCCAAAAAGUCCUCGUCAUUCCACCCCGCGUAAGCGAGGUCUCGCUAAAUCCCCACAUGGCGGUGUAAACCGCAGACAGAAGCUACGGCUUGCGGCUAAAACUCCCACAAAAACUAAUCUCAAUUCACCUAGAAUAAUCCGUAAAAUACAACAAGAUUCGAAGAUCCUCUUGUCAACGAAUGUGCCGAAUGCUGAAAAAGAUUUGUGUUUCACGCCAUAUAUUUUGGAUCAGGGUAACGAGACACCAAAAAUAAAGACAGAGACUAUGCGGAAUUCUCCCAGAAGGUUACUGAAUAAAACUUCUCAUGGCAUAAAAUUGACAACAAAUACACGGCAGCAAACACCAUUGAAAGCGACACCGACAUCGAAACUCACGCUCGUGACAUCGCCGAGAACACUCUCAGACACUCGCCCCAGACGAGAAUCUCCACGGCUGAUGGCAAAAAGUACCAAUCGAACUAAAGUCAACUCGGUUGUGCCAGCUUGAUUUACGGUUAACAUUUGUUAUCGAUAUCAUUUGAUUUGGACUGUUCUAAAUCGAGUGAAAAAAAAUGCGAACGUUUCGAUGUUUUCGUAGUUAUCAACUGCCAUUAUUACAAUAAAGAAGUGUUUCCAAAAUUAUUAUCUAA